AUGGAGACAGCUGUGGCUGGUGGCAAGGACGGCGCGGAGAGUUUAAACGUGACCUACCAGUAUGCCUUUCAUGUCUGCUGCAGCAGGGUCCGCAAUUCUUCCGACGGCAAGGAGGCGCUUGUACGCGCUGAUGCGAUCAUUCAACGUCCCAGACUUGUGGAACGGUCGUGGCGCCCACAGGACACUGCCAGAUCACUUUGCAUUGCGCCUCGCGACUUCUGA